AUGGCCGAUAAUGAAGUAGCAAGCAACACCGCCAAGGAGCUUGAAGAGAAGCUCUCCUUGAAAAAAAACGAAGUUCGUGAAGAAGAUGAUGAAGACGAAGAAGAAGCCGGCAACGGCGGAGAAGAUAACGCCUCCAGCGCUGACAAAAAGAAAAAGAAGAAAAAGAAGUCUAAGAAGAAGAAAACUCCUCAAGAGCAAACCGUUCCCCCAAGAGUUGGACUCUCUAAGAUUUUCGUAAACAAGAAGUACCCUGUUGGAGAAAUGGUGGACUAUGCAGAAGAUAACCUUUGGCGUACCACCAAUGAAGAAAAGCGCGCCUUAGAUCGUCAAGAGCACAACCACUGGAAUGAUUUGCGUCGUGCCGCCGAGACUCAUCGUCAAGUCCGUCAGUAUGCCCAAUCUGCUAUUCAACCAGGCAUGUCUUUAACCCAAAUUGCAAAUUUGAUUGAAGAUGGCACUCGUUCUUUGGUUGAAGAAGACGGCUUAAAGUCUGGUAUCGGUUUCCCAACGGGUUUGAAUUUGAACCAUAUUGCUGCUCACUUCAGUCCCAAUGCCGGCGAUACUACAAUUUUGAAGGACAAGGAUGUUAUGAAGGUUGAUAUUGGUGUUCAUGUCAACGGACACAUCGUCGAUUCUGCGUUCACUAUGUCUUGGAACCCUGAUUGUGACCCUCUUCUAGCCGCCGUUAAAGCAGCUACGAACACUGGUAUUCGUGAAGCUGGUAUUGAUGCUCGUUUGAAUGAAAUUGGUGAAGCUAUUCAGGAAACCAUGGAAAGUUAUGAAGUGGAGAUGAAUGGCAAGACUUAUCCUGUCAAAUCCAUUCGUAACUUGAGUGGUCACGACAUUAAGCCCUACAGCAUCCACGGAUCGAAGAGUGUUCCCAUUGUCAAGGGUGGUGAGGAAGUUAAGAUGGAGGAAGGUGAAACUUUUGCCAUUGAGACUUUCGGUUCCACCGGCCGUGGUCUUGUCCAUACUGAUUUGGAAUGUUCUCAUUAUGCAAAGAGCCAGGAUGUUGGUCAUAUUCCUUUGCGCCUUCCUCGUGCCAAGGCUUUGUUGAAUACCAUCACUCAAAACUUUGGUACACUUCCCUUCUGUCGUAGAUAUUUGGACCGCUUAGGCGAAUCUAAGUAUUUAAUGGCUCUGAACAAUUUAGUUUCUGCCGGUAUCGUUCAAGAUUAUCCUCCCUUGGUUGAUAUCAAGGGUAGUUAUAGUGCGCAAUUUGAGCACACCAUCGUCCUUCACCCUACCCAAAAGGAGGUUAUUUCCCGCGGCGAUGACUAUUAA